GAAUUAUUAAUAAUAUUCCUCUUCAAUUAUCUGAUACUAUCAUUCCUAUUGAUGUAGAAGUAAAUGAUAUCCAAGGUUAUGCUAUAAUUGCUGGAGUCAAUUGGCUUAACAAAGUACAAGGUAUUAUUGAUUUAAAAAGAGGACAAUUUAAAUUUACUUGGGACAACAAAUCUUAUAUUUUACCUAUUACAUAUUGGGAAAAGCCACAAUAUAAUAAUAGCAAACCUAUUUCUUUAAAAAACUCUUCUGAGUCCAAUGACUCAAAUAACCAAACCUCAUCUGCUGAAACUAAUUCUAGUGAAAUUAGUAAGGAUGAAUAUGAAUCAUCAGAUGAUGAACAGAAGGAAUCUAAAGGAUUCUUAGUUAUAGAAAAUUCUGAUGAAAAAUCUAUACUUGAAAUUAAUAAUACCCAAGUUAAAUAUCAAAAUGAAUCUUUCAACAAUUAUAAUUUUUAUUGUAAACAAACUAGUGAUCCUCGAGUUGUAAAAUAUCAUUGUAAUCAACUACAAAAAACAUGUUCAAAAUGUAUACAAGUGAGAGAAACAAUAAGUUGUUUUGCUACUAAGGAGGAUCUUGAGAAAACAAAUCUUUCUUCUAUAAAUAACUUACAAUUAUAG